UCACUCCAAGACCUGAACAAUGUUAGGUGCGACAAUUCUGCUACAUCUGAACUUUGCCUUCAAGGUGAACCUCAUAAUGUGUCUUCAGUGAAUCUAUUAUUUCAUGACUUCCUUUUUGAGAAACUUUUUUGCAAAAAUCCAGUGGCCAGAAGUGAGAAGAAGGUCUGAACCUGGGCCAAGAGACACCGCUGUCUGUGCAUCAUCACAUUUAUAUUCCAGUGUUAGGCAGCUCUUUGAAGGGAGAGCAGGCGGCGAGCUGCUGCUCAGUGUCAGGAGGGGGUCUGAGCCAGCAACACAUACAGGAGAGAUCAGGACAAGUCCUGAAGUGCGGGACCCCCGGACACUGACUGUGCCAGUACCCGAGGCUCUAAUGACCAAGGAGGAGCAGGGAAGCUGCGGGGGACACUCAGCAUGACACAAUCAGCUGGUGGGACACUGACUCCAAACUUGUCACCAAGUGAAUCUUCUUCGCCAGAAGUUCCUACAAGACGGCCCUAAACCAGGAGGAACACGUACGAAAAUCACAUCGCCGAUGCCCAGACCUCAAGGCGGCCAUUGAGAACAAUGAUUGACUUGUGUCAUGCCAUUAGUCAUCAGCUGACCGGCCUCUUCCCCCACAACUGAUGAGACCACGGGACAAGCGUGUUGGAAAUGGAAUAAAUCUAUUACCAGCUUGCUACAUCCAGUACAACACGUAACCCCCUACUGCCUUGAGAGAUCUGGUGUGAUAAGGAGCCAUGGGUGACUGGACCUUCCUAGGAGAAUUCUUAGAAGAAGUACAAAAACAUUCCACAGUGGUGGGAAAAGUAUGGUUGACCGUCCUAUUUAUUUUCCGGAUGUUGGUUCUGGGCACCGCAGCUGAAUCUUCUUGGGGAGAUGAAAAAUCUGACUUCAUGUGCGACACCACUCAACCUGGUUGUGAGAACGUCUGUUACGACAAAGCAUUCCCCAUUUCCCACAUCCGAUUCUGGGUUCUCCAGAUUAUUUUUGUCUCCACUCCAUCUCUGCUCUACAUGGGACAUGCCAUGCAUACUGUACGGGUGGAGGAAAAAAAAAAGCUCAGGGAAGAAGAGACUAAAUCCAAACAGGACAUGAAUGAUGACUCGACUUAUCAUCAAAAAGAGUACCCAGCGGAAAAAUUAGACCUUCCAUAUCGGGAUGAGGUGAGCGGUAAGAUCAGGCUUCAAGGAAGUCUUCUGAACACCUACGUGUGUAGCAUCCUCAUUCGCACCGCGAUGGAAGUAGCUUUUAUUGUUGGACAGUAUAUGCUCUAUGGAAUCUUUUUGGAUACCCUCUAUAUAUGUAAAAGAAAACCAUGUCCCCAUCCUGUCAACUGCUAUGUGUCCCGGCCAACCGAGAAAAACGUCUUCAUCAUCUUCAUGUUGGCCGUUGCCACCCUCUCACUUCUACUUAGCCUUGUUGAGCUGUACUAUCUGUUAUGGAAAAAGUUCAACCACAGAUCAUCUAGUCGGUCUACUCACACGACCAAUGCACUUAGAGUGGCUACCAUAGAACCGGAAAAUCGGUCUCAAAGUUGCACCCCACCUCCAGAUUUUAACCAAUGCUUGAACACUAAGGGUAAAUUCAACAACCCUUUCAACAACACUAUGGCAUCUCAGCAGAACACGGCCAACUUUGCCACCGAAAGGGUUCAAAGUGACGAUGAUCUAAGCCAAGCGCAGUUCAUCCACAUAAACUAUGCGCAAAACGCCCCAAUAAACAACCAUUCAACACCCAACGGGUACUGCCACAAUGGACGACGCCUGAGUAAAACCAGCCGUACAAGCAGCAAGGCUCGUUCAGAUGACCUGGCGGUGUGAUCUGCCAUGAGGAUAUUUAUGUGUUUUUUUUUGUAUCCAUUCAUUUCGUAUUUAUACAGCAAUAGAAGACAUUUUGAUUCCCGGAUGUAAUUCCGAUCUCGAGAACUCAUUUUUGUACUGUAGUUUAUGCCAUAAAAUUUUGUGUAAAAAAAAAAUUAAAAAAUUUAAAUGCA